AUGGUGGGGCCUGGGAUCACAGCUUUGGGCCUCUUCCUGCUAAUGCAGGGCUCAGUAGAUGGGAAUGGAAUCCAGGGAUUCUUCUAUCCAUGGAGCUGUGAGGGAGAUGUGUGGGACCAGGAGAGCUGUGGGGGCCAGGUGGCAAUUGAGAACCCAAAUCUCUCUCUACGAUGCUGCUACCGCGACGGGGUCUGCUACCACCAGCGGCCGGAUGAAAACAUGCAGAGGAAGCACAUGUGGGCACUUGGCUGGACGUGCGGAGGCCUCCUCUUCCUGAUCUCCAGCAUCUGCCUGUUCUGGUGAGUGGGAUGGGCCAAGCGACGGGAUAUGCUGCGGCUGCCGUGGUUCCUGAAGGGCGAGUGCAACCCGUCCAGGACCAUCUCUCUGUUAUCCAAGGACCGGACACCGAGCGAAAAGACGGCGUCCAUUGGCAGCAUGCUCAAGGAGGGGGCCCUGGACAUCUCGGGGGGCACCGAUGGGGAGGGCACGGAAGGGGGCGAGACAGAAUCAGGGGAGGAGGAAGAUUCGGGGCACCCCUGGAGGGACCCCUCAAUACAGAUGUAG